CCACCCGGAAGUGGUCUCACGACGGAGAUGGGCGGCUCGGCGGCCGCCGCCGGCCUGACGUCGGACUGUCCUGCGGUGGCGCGGAGCUUCUGGGCUCUGUAAGUGAGCCCCUCGCUGAAUGUCUCCCGCCAGUGUUUCCCUUGCUUGGUCUCUGUGCGGAACCUUCUGGUUUCGCGGGUUAUAUGCGCUGUCCUGAGUGCUCCUGCUUGGACCGCCCUGGGGAGCCUGCGCCGCGCCGCUGGGCCCGGGCCCGGCCACCGCCGGGAGCGGUGUGCGGACAGCGGGCGGGGAGGCUGGCCUCCCUCACGGGCCCCUGCUCGGUUCCCGUGACUUGUGCCAGGGGCCCGUCGCUAUCCCACGUCACGGGCGCGGUGCCUGUCCCUGUGCUGACGCGGGUGCUGGCCGCACCCUCUCCCCGCGCUACCGCGCCGCGCGGGGCUUACCUGGCCACAGGUCCUGGCGGGCGACGGGUGGCCGGCGGGGUCCCGCUGAGCCCCGUGUUAGAAGGCAGCGUCGGGGCCCCCUGCGCGCCUUCUGGGGCAGCAGCCCUUCCUGGAACAGAGCAGCUUCCUGACCUCUCUUGCCCUGCAGGUGACCCCGCCCCCUUCCAGACGGUAAGGCUCUCCUCUCCUCGUGUUCUGCGCAGGCUUUGUGGUUACACCGGAUACCUUGUAGUCACCCGGGGACACCCGGCCCUACAUCCCAGGGUUGUCGAAUCGAGGGGAGUCAGGCCGUGGCCAUGCAGUUUGGCCAGGAGCUUGUGGUGGGUCCCCUUAGCCAUGCCUCCAUGCGUGAUCCCCUUCCCACCGACCACUAUGCACCCGUCUGGCCCUGGUUCCUGAGGAUUCUGCACCCACCCUUCCCUUUGCCACACUUGGUGCGGACUUGCCUAGGAGCUGCUCCCACCCGCGCCCUCAUGCAACCUGGUGGAGCUGGCUCGCUGGCACUGGGCCUACCUUGCCCCACCUUGUCACGGACUUCACAUGUGGGGUCAGCAGUGAAGCCUGCACCCAGCUGCCAUUCCACGUUCAGGCGGAAUUCUCAACAGUCACUGCACGGGGCUGGGUGUCCUGCUCUGCAUCAAGAGACCACAGGCCCAGCGCUGUCAUGAAGUCCUGCCUUUGCACCACAGGUCAGGGUGGGGACACGCUCGUGACUUGAAGUGUGCACCUACCCUGUCCCUGCUUUGUGGCCGUGUGCCUUUGGGGGUGCAGACCAGCACAUGAGCCAGCCAUGUGCCAGGACCAGCACCUGCCUCAUUAGGAACUGACCCUGAGUAGCAGAUCAGAACCAGUCUCACGUGAGAAUGACUUGCCUGCACAGGUGGAAGACCAGAGGCCUCAUCACAUGGGCCAGCUGCUGUGCCUGCCUCUGAGCUUCAGGAGCUGCUUCCUGUCCCAUGCUCAGAAAUCCUGAGCUUUUAAGAGGCACCUGCCCCAGGGUCCUGUCUCAGACCUAGGAAAACUGCACUUGCAGAUGGUGCUCACCUGCGUGGAGCAGACGCAACUGAGGACACCUCUGGCUUCCCUAGCUGAUGCUCUCAGAGCAAAGUAGCUUCCUGGGGGAUAUCGGAACUGCCCAGGGGCAGGGGGGCUGCCUGACAUCAGCCACAGUGUGGCUGGAGCAGAGGUCAAGCCACUGAGGGAUGGAGCAACUGCAGCCGUUAGGAUAAUCAGCGGUAACCCAAGUCACCUCCCUGAGACGUCACGACGAGGACAUGCCGGCCAGAGUCGUUCACCUGGUUUCCACAAUCACUUGUACUACUUGCACACGUGAGUCUAAUACUUAUUUCUGAAAAUCGUUUUCAACUUAAGAUUACAUAAAACUAUCAAGUUUUCUAAUGAGUUGUUUAAUUGGCUGAAAUAAAAGGUUUCUUUGGUAGUGUUCCCCGUGUUUGCCUCUGCCAGUUUUGUUUCCCUGGGAAACAAGUCAUGUCCCCCUGCAGUUGCCAGGGCCACUGUCACUGCCUCUGGAGGGUUUGGCCCACUGGAGCCCAUGGGUCCUGCACCCUCCCUGGGACAGGCACUGGUGGGCAAAGCCUCAGCAGUCCCGCCAGCCCAGGGCCUGCCGCACUGUCUCCCCACAUGGAGCUGGAGGUGGCAAUGGGUCACCCACACUCUCAGAAGUGAUCUGAUGACAGACCAGCCUUGGCUCUGGCCGCUGCUAGGCGAGCAAUCUCAGGGCCAGCGCUGAGCUGCGGAUCAUCUGGUUAAGGUAUCUCCUCCCUGAGCACCCCCGGGGCUGCCAGAAGGGGUCCGAGCACCCCACGUGCCACUUUUCGGUUCUUGUUUGCACAAAUCUCACUGCACACCCCCACCCCCACGUCAGGAGCCUGGUGGGCAUGGCCUGCUGUUUCUAGGCCAGAGAGGAGCCCAGUUAGCAGAGCUAAUUUCAGAAAGGCGUCUGGUCUCCCUGGAUGUGGCCUGGGCAUCUGCACGGCAGUCAGACAGAGGACAAACUGUCCCUGCCUCCUAGGUGGCCUCCACCAGGGAUCACGGGGCCUUUGGCACUGAGACCCGCCCAGUGAGGGCCCUGGGCAUGCUUAGGGCCUCACAAGCCCCCCCCCAACCCUCCCAGGAGGGUGAGCACCCAGCAUUGCCAUGCCCAACUCACCAAAGACAGGGUCUCCAAGAGCCCACGGGCACAGGGCUCCGAGUGCUGGGGUCCGCACAUGCGGGGGGAGGACAGGGCAUGUGCUGACGCUGUGUGCAGAUGCCCAGGUGUGAGGCAGACGCCUAUGAGAUGCUGCCGUGUGGGGCUCUGGUUGGUUUCAGCUGUGACCCCCCAUGGGGCUGACUGCCCAGCGAGAGUCCCAGUGAUGCCUGCAGCGUGGCCCCAGACAGGCCACGGGGUCCAUACCAUUCCUGGUCACACCAGGGCUUCACCUGGAGGACUAGGAUGCUCCAGCCAGAGCCUAUUUUGGGGGUCCCAGUCUGCCUGCACCCUCUGAGGGGAGGUGUGACGAACCUGGCUGGCCCACGUGUCAGUCCAGACCUUAAGCCAGUCCUGGGGCUGACGUGAUGUGCUGCCCCAAGCCACCCACCCUGUGUGAGUGGGCGCCAGGCAGCCAGGAGGGAUGGAGAGGACACCCGUGCCCUUAGCUCUACGUCCCCCCACCAGCUGUAAACUCUCAACAAUAACCCAUCAUGUCCCUGACAUGCCAUCUCCUUGGAGCCUCCUGACCCCUCACCCUGUGGAUGUGCCCGAGCCGCUGGAGGCACAGCAGACCCUGCACCGCAGUCACAGCAGGGGAGGAGAGCCCAGCAGGGAGAUGCCCCCACCUUGCCUUCCAGGUGAGGCGGUGGCUCCUGACAGGCCCCCAGCCUGGGUGAGCCCACGGGAGCACGCUGCCCUCCAUACCCGCCUGCCGUUGCUGCCUGGGGGCCCUCUCACCUGGGAUGUAGGUGGCACCUGCGUCACUCGUGGCCCCAGGGGUGCAGCUCCUGAGAGCAGGGAAGGAAGGCGGGGCCCACAGCUAUCCCAGGAUGUUGUGUCCAGGAAGGGGACACAGUCCUGGCCGCAGCACCCAUGCCAAGGGGUGGACGUGGAGGGCAGGGCAUCUGCCUGGCCCCCGUCUUUGACUUGGGCCUGGCUGAGGACCCAGGGGGCGGGGUGAUGGAAUCCUUUCUGGAGCCCUCAAAGCUGCUCAGCCUGGGCAUGGGCACCCCUGAGCCUGGCAACACCCCCAAGCACUGCGACCUGGGCCUGCACAGGACGGAUCUGGCCAUUCCCAGCACACGGCAGAACGAAGAGGGAAGCCCCUCGGGGCGGCCACCCACCGCUGGCCUGGGAGCAGGGGCAGGACCAGAGCAGGAGGCAGCUCCGUGCAAGCCCAGGGCCCCUUGCACGACAGGCUCAUGCUGUGGGGUGCUCAGCCCCAGCUCCACGGGGGCGCAGUGUCCUGCCCUACCCCAGUACUUCCGCCUGGCCUGGUGACUCCGACCCGAGGGGGCAUCAGAGGCCCGGGGUUUUCACCGGGAGCUGAAGGUCUUGGUGCCAGCACCCCAGGGCAGCUCAGGAGCCCCCAGGAAGACUCUUCAUCGCACAGCAGCUCCCAUCCCAGGCUAGCAAGUCCCCGGGGCCAGCCCGGCCUGAGGAGGGAGGGGCGUGGGCGGGCGGUGCCAGGGCCCAGCCCAGGUGGCAGGAGGGGGCGGGGCCCUGCCUGGGCUCUCCCUGCCUGGACACGGCUCGCUCCCCGCCACUCGCUUUCAGCACCUCACCACCACUCGCCCUCGCUGUCAUCCAAGCCCCAGGCUGGCUACUGCAGAAGCCCCAGAUGCCAUGGAGGAGUGGGAUGUGCCCCAGAUGAAGAAGGAGGUCGAGAGCCUCAAGCACCAGCUGGCCUUCAAUAGGGAGGUGUCGUCCAAGACCAUCCCAGAGCUCAUCAAGUGGAUCGAGGAUGGGAUCCCCAAGGACCCCUUCCUGAACCCCGACCUGAUGAAGAACAACCCGUGGGUGGAGAAGGGCAAGUGUGCUAUCCUCUGAGGCCCACCCCGCCUCACAC